AAAUUGUCCCCAACAUCUUCUAAUUCUUUUAUUCUUUCCCUCUCAACAACUUCAUCUCUUUCUUGAAGAAUUCAACUAACAGCUGACCUAUUCAAUUCAACCCACUUUCAUCAACUCCACCUAGCAAAAACUCCCGUCCCAUUAUGUUUUUCUUUUCCCUCUUUCCCUAAAAAGCUCAAUCAAUCUUUUUAUCUCUCAGCAGCAUCGACCAUGACCAUUUCCCCUGUUCUAUUGCUCUUCUUUCUCCUCAUCCCAGCUUCAUCUUCUCAGCCCGUCAGAGGUGUGUUCAUUGACUGUGGAGCUAAUGCUGGGUCCACAAUCAACGGCCUGGAUUGGGUGCCAGACAACGCGUACAUAUCCACGGGCACAUCAAGAAAUGUCAUACAACCAGUUCUCAUCUCAACUCUUUCCACCGUCCGUACGUUCCCUCUCGAUAACACCAUUUCAAGAAAAUUCUGCUACGAAAUUCCAGUCGACCGGACUCAAAAAUAUUUGGUCAGAACAACUUAUUACUAUGGUGGUGUGAAUGGAAACAUUAACCCACCCGUUUUCGACCAAAUAGUGGACGGGACCUUGUGGAGCGUGGUGAACACUACCGAGGAUUACGUGAGUGGGAAUUUAAGUUAUUACGAGGGCAUAUUUAUGCCAACGGGUAAAAAUCUUAGCGUGUGUUUGGCUGCGAAUAGGUAUACGGAUUCGGACCCUUUUAUUUCUGCUCUUGAGGUUGUGCUCUUGAGGGAUCAGCUGUAUAAUUCGACCGAUUUUAGAGCUUACGCCUUAAGUUUGGUGGCGAGGCACAAUUUUGGGUAUGAUGGGGAUGUUAUAGGAUACCCGGAUGACCAGUUCACUCGCUAUUGGGAGCCGUUUGGAUUGGAUGCAUUUCCACAAUCUACUUCACGAAGCCUUGCUGUUUCUGGCAUCUGGAAUUUGCCCCCUCCGAUUGUUUUCCAAACGCGCCUUGCAAGAAGCCUAGUCGAGCCCCUCACCUUACGCUGGCCUCCAUUUUCUCUACCAAGCUCGCAGCUUUACUACAUUGCUCUUUAUUUUGCGGACGAUCGAGUUUCUUCUACAGGGAGCCCAAGAAGAAUGGAUAUAACCAUCAAUGGCAUUAAUUACUACAGUAACUUGACUCUCAUGCCAGAUGGCAUGGUUGUGUUUGCAAACCAGUGGCCACUUGGAGGAAUUACGAAUUUAACCCUGACCCCAGCUCCUGGUUCGACUUCCGGCCCUUUGAUUCAUGCGGGUGAGAUUUUCCAGGUGAUUCCUGCAGGAGGGAAAACUCACACUCGAGACGUAAUUGCUAUGAUAAGCUUGAGAGAAAGCUUCCAGAACACUCCACCUGACUGGAAAGGUGACCCGUGUCUACCCAGCCGAUAUCCAUGGACUGGGGUUACUUGUUCUGGUGGAUCUCGUAUUCGCGUAAUCUCUUUAAACUUGACAAGUAUGGGUCUUUUGGGGUCGAUUUCGCCAAGUAUUGCCAGGCUUACAGCACUGAGUAGCAUCUUGCUUGGAAAUAACAGCUUAACAGGAAGUAUUCCAGACCUGAGUACGUUGAGGGGAUUGCAGAAUUUGCAUUUGGAAAACAAUCAGCUAGGUGGGACAAUACCUCCAUCACUGGGAAGUUUAACCAACUUAAAUGAACUCUUCCUACAGAACAACAAUUUAACAGGUCAAGUACCUAGCAGCCUUACCCAAAAACCUGGAUUAACACUAAGGUACACUCCUGGAAAUCCAUUUUUGGCUCCAUGACAUAUUCAAGGAUAUACUUAACUAUUUCUUUUUGCGAGUCAUACUUCCUUCAUGUUAAUGCAUUGCCGCUAGGAAUAUACAUAUUGUCUGUUUGUCAAGUUAUGUGUGCACUGUUUUGGUGUUGUAAAAAAAAAAAAAAAAUUGUUUUUCCUGCAUUUUGAUGAUGGUGUUCUGCAGAUUCUUUUGUUCUUUCAUACCUGUUUGUUUCUUCGAAUAGGAUGAUAAAAUGUAUAUUUUAUCAAAUAGUUACUGCAUUUUUGGACGAACUUGUAUACCUCUCGAUGAUGAUUAGUUAGGUUGCUUUUGUUAUGUUUUGGUCUGCUUGUACCUGAUCAUGUAUAUCAUUGUUUUUGUAUUAUUUUGUUGUUUCCA